CCGCGGAGAUACAAUUGCUGCGGUUGUUGCCAUGCCCAGAGUGCCGCUUCUGCAGUCCAUUCUCUGCGGUUUCUUCUUACUCCCGGAUUUCACGCCGGACCGUGAGUCAGAAGCAAAAUGAUCGCUGUUACGAGAUGUUGGAGGUUUUUCAGGGGCAGAUGUCUUGACUAGACCUGAUAAUCACCGUCUCCCUGCUAAACUGCGCUGAAUCAUACUCACAUGAGCAAAUACUCAACCCACAUGACAACAGCUCGAUUCGGUAUUUAGCAUCGAUUGGGAGCAUCCGCCUCGAUAGACGAUUCCCGGUCUUGAAUCCCAAGUCGUUAGUAAGGAGCAACAACAACUCAUGGCCACCGUGGCAUGCUGGAACAAACUUCACAACCUCCAGCCAUGCGUCAACACAUCGACUUCUCUCGAUGGCAUUUGGACAUCGAUGCCUACCUAAAUCCAUUCAUCCCGGCUCCUCCAUGGCGCAGGCUGCCUCGACCAGUCUCUCACUUCCUUGGAUAUAGAGGAGACCAGCAUCCAAGACCUCUCGGAAACCUAGUCAUUGCCUUCUGGUCUACCCUUGGGGUCUUCUGCGGCGUGCUCUUAAUUGCAGAGGUCUCCCUGCAGGUCCCUGCAUUCCAGAACCACCAUGCCCCAAUCAUUGUGGGCAGUUUUGGCGCCGCGGCCGUUCUCGAAUUCUGCGCUAUCGAAUCAUCCCUCGCGCAGCCCCGAAACGCCAUUCUCAGCCAGUUCAUUGCUAGCGUAAUCGGCGUCUCCAUUGCCAAGCUCUUCGCGUUGAACCCGCACGCUCACUCCAUGCCUGAACUUGGAGGCGCGCUGGCUUGUGCCAUCACUACCGCCAUCAUGCUACUCACCAACACUGUGCACCCGCCUGCGGGAGCUACGGCGCUUCUAGCCGUGACGGAGGCAUAUGCGGUGGGCUGGUGGUUGAUUCCCAUUAUGUUACUUGGGUGUGUGCUGAUGUUGGCGGUGGCGUUGCUGAUCAACAAUAUUCAGCGCCGUUUUCCUCUGUACUGGUGGACGCCGCAGACACUUUCGGAACCACAACCGACGGAGGAUCCUGAGCGCGGGGAGAAAGAGGAGGAGAGCUCAGUGAGUGCGUCUGAUCUUGGGAUUGCGGAUGAGCCGAUGCGAAUUAUUAUCCAGAAAGGGCAAGUGCUGGUACCGGAUGAGUUUUGGCUGUCUGUGGAAGAGAGGGAGCUCCUCGAGCAAAUUCGUGACCGGAUUCAGUAG